AUGGAAGCCGUAAUAAAUUCGUUGCAAUUCAGUGCCGCACUGCAACUGUUUCUCAACACACUGGUAGUAACGCACCUUUCCGAGCACUACAGUGUCUGCGUUGCACGUAGUGUUCACGAUGAUAUACGUCUCGGAUUUCCUCGACCCGUUGUUAGUUUGCUGGAGGACAAUUUCAAAUUAGCGCCUGAUAGCGACGAACCACUGCGCCAUUUCGUAGCGGCAAUUGAUGCCGGAUGCGAGGGUUUCGUAAUAACGAACGACAUGCUUUUCCCGUUUCUGGACAUCUUUCGAUCAGCCCACGAGGAGGCAUCCUUUCGGGCUCGUAACAGACGCAUCAUUGCCAUUACACAGCUUGAUGAUUCCCAAAGGAAGCGUUUGAUACAGCACGAUAUCAUGGAAGCUAUCCCCAACAUGCUGAUGGUGGUUCCAAACGCAACGGCCCGCACCAUUGAGGUGUACACCACCAAGCUAUCGGGAGCAGAACCUCGAGGAAUAACGACCGAGCUAAUACGUCUGGAACGCAUCAAUCUCGAGACAUUACCGGUAGAUUCUCUACCAGCAUCUUUGGUGAAUUUUCCGAAUCAGCUAAGCAACAUGCAGGGACGAAGGGUUCGUCUGUCUACCUUACCCUAUCCACCGUGUACCGUAGUUUAUGAAGUGCCAUUGGGACAAGGAAAUGCACGCAGCACGACGCCGGCCAAUUACUCGCUCCAGGUGGACGGCACUGAAAUACUGAUGGUCCUGGAGCUGUGUCAUCGCAUCAACUGUUCGGUAGAAAUUGAGCUUGUGGCCAACUCAGAAUGGGGCCAGGUGUAUCCCAAUGGCUCCUCGGACGGAUUGAUCGGGUCACUGAUAAAUCGGCGAUCGGAUGUAUCUGUAGCAGCAAUUUAUCGUUGGUACGUCUGGUAUAAGUACAUGACGAUGUCCGUGUACACCGGCAGAUCCGGAACCUCAUGUCUUGUUCCACGUCCUCUACCGAAGCCGUUCUGGCAGACACCAUUCCUGUCGUUUCCUCCCAGUCUUUGGUUGACCGUUUCCGUAUCAUUUUGCUUUGGAGCUACGGCCGUGUACCUCACCGAGCGUGCUCAGGAGGAACUCCGUCCAGCGACUAGAACCACCCAUCGGUACCAAGUCAUCGAUGCCAUUUUCUUCAUGGCUAGCCUGUACGUAGAGCAGUCAGUUCCCUUGCCGAAAAGCCUGAUGGCGGGGUCGGUACUGGUUUCGUUUCUGCUCUUCGGAGGGUUUAUGGUCGGCAAUAGUUACGCGGGAUCACUCGCGUACGUGAUGACGAUACCACGGUACCAGAAAUCUAUCGACACACGUGCCGAUUUGGCCGCGAGCGGUAUCAAGUGGUCCGGUCGGUCCAUCAUCUGGAUUAAUUCGUUCGUAAUGACGACACAACCAGAGCUAGUCACGAUACGGGAUAACUUCUUAGUGCGCGACAGUGCGACCAUGGAACGGUACAUAAAAUCUCACCUCAACAUGGGUUAUGCUAGCGAGCGGCUAAUGUACGGGAGCUAUCCGGUUGAGCCGUUUAUCGAUCUCAACGCCUCCCGGUUUCUGCAACCACUCAAGGAGGAUCUAAUGUGGGAACAGACCAUAACUGCGUGUUCUAAAACCUGGCCACUGAUGGAAUUGUACGAUGAUUUACUGUUGCGCGUGCACCAGAGCGGUAUUUUGCGGUACUGGGAGAUAAUCAGCGUAAUUCGGAAUAUGAACUUACAAAUUCAACGAAAUCUAGCUGAUGCUCGCCUUUUGCAACAAGCCGAAAACGAGCCAGUUAAGCUCACUAUAGCGCACUUUCUGGGUGUGUUCUUCAUUCUGUUUGGGGGAUUAGCUUUCGCCACGCUGUCGUUCAUCGGUGAGGUACUAAAACAUCGUACGCAGGCAUCCUGGACAUCUAGCCGAAUGAAGCCUAUCCUGAGGAAUCGAAUGGAUCCUAACAUCCGCAACAAUAGCGUGUGGAUUGAUUAG